CUUGCGUCUGCCAUUGUCCCGGGCGUGAGCUUUUUCUUCGUUUGCCUAACGGAAGGAUGAACCUUCGGUUCUCGCGGAGACUUGUUCACAAUGUUGUCUUCGUGUUGAUGCUCUGGACAGAGAGCAGCGAGGCCGGGGGAUUCACUUUUCCCACAGAUUUGGACAAACGUUUCAUCGUUGGAGAUCAGAUUAAUGUGACUUGGGACGUUGUCACGCCGCGGAUAUCCUUGUAUGAGCGUUGUGGCACGGAAAAUUGGAUUCUUACGUUAAAUACUACAAAUAAAUACAGCUACGUUUGGACUGCAAAUCGUGACAUUUACAUUGAGUCGGGCUGCCAUUUCGAGCUUGCAUCUUUGACGUCUCAGGGUGAGCCCUAUGGCCACUCCAAUGCAACCAGUGUUACAUUUGGAGUCGCAAAGAGGUACCAUGACGAUCCGUCACCAACCUCAUACCAUUUCGCCAGUAAGACGGCCACAUCUUUAACCGGCACUUCGACCGCGACCGUGACGACAACCUCCUCAACUCCGACUACGGCUAUUGCCACAACAACGGAUUUGCCUGCUCUAUUUCCAUCAGCCGCACCUAGCAGUGGUGGCCUCUCCUCAGCCGCCAAGAUCGGUAUAGGCCUAGGUGUUCCACUGGGAAUUCUUCUCUUAGCGGCUGGUGUGGGCUUAUUUAUCUUUUCUCGGCGGAGAAGAAGAGCAAGAACAACGUCACCAGAAGCUUCUGAACCAGUAUGGAACCAUGACGGUAGUGCUUCACUUCCUGGCGGCUUUGCCGGUGGAAUUAAUAGCAACAAGAAUAUUCGCGGGUCUCAUACCGACACCAUUAUCUCUGAGUUGUCAUCGGAGAACUAUAGGACUCGCGAUGAAGGGCAGGCCCAUGAGAUUAACGAGUUGAUGGGCGUGGAGCGGAGUGAGCUAAGUUCGUAGUAUUGAGUAUCGUAGGUAAUAGUAUAAUGAUAAUGUAAUUAAUCUUCGUUACCUAAA